CCUUGAAAUUCUUAUGUACGCUCUAUGGUUACCGUCAUAAAGCGUCUAUAUCAUAGAGUUCACUGGUUGCGAUAACUUGCAAGUCACGCCGAAUGAUGUACCCUCUCGCUAAGCUCGUUCUCCUCCUUUGGAAAAGCUUGAGGGAACUCUCUUAACAAUACUUUUUAUUAAUACCGGCUCUUUUAUGCUUCACAUCUGAGUAGUAAGUUCACAUAUAAUUUGAAAUAAGACACGGCCUUCAUUUUCACAUAACAGAUAGCAUAUUGGGCUACACCACAACGAUGGAAACACGGAAUAGUACGGGGACCAAAAACAACGCAAGUCCAUCCUCCAUGGAUGAUUGUCUUCCCUCUAUUCCCCCUUCCAUUUGGGAGAUUGGUGGAUUCCACUGAGCAGUCUGACUGUAAUAAACAAAUGGAGUCAGAAUCAGGAUUUGUACUGUACUCUUCUGGUGAAUACAAAAAAAUACCAAUGAUGGGCAGCACAGGUUGCACAGGGGUGGAGUUAGGAUCAAGUCUGAACCGAAGAGGGGACAUCGAGGAGAGUGAACAGAGGAAGACUAGGGAGGAAGAAGACAUACUGUGUAACAUCAAGGAGGAGGAGGGUGGCGAAAGGCAGAGUAAAGAGAUCAAGAUGGAGGAUGGUGUGAGAGAUGAAGAAGUCCAAGGACUCUGGAGGGAACAGGAAAGAGAGAAAGUUGAACAGAGCAAGAAAGAUGAAGCCAAUGGAAGUCCCCAGUCUAACGGAAGGCUGAAGAAUGAAGUGAAAUCAGACUGUUUGAAAAAGGAAGUGGAGGGUCAGUCAUCUGCUGUUGCUUCCUGUCUGUCCAAAAAGUCCAAAGUGCAGACCCAGAAGAAGAAGGUGAUUGGCGAUUUGGGAAGCCCUUUGAAACAGUCGCUGGGCUCAUCAGAGAAAGAGGUCUAUGCUGAACCUGCCCUUGGAUCUUCCAUUAUCUCACCCAGGAGAGAAAAUGCAGGGCGGACCGAUGAAUUUUCACCCAAGGUCUUUGCCUGCUCCGAGUGCCCCUUCGUUCACGCGGAGGAACAGAAGCUGCACCAGCACAUCGAGAAGGUGCACUCGGAGGAGUACGACACCAUCAUCAUCGACUCCGACCCCCCGGGGGCCCACUCGUGUUCCGAGUGUGGGAGGAGCUUCAAGUUUGCGUCGCGCCUCGCGCUGCACAUGCGGAUUCACACGGGGGAGCGCCCGUACCAGUGCUCCCAGUGCGGGAAGAGCUUCUCGCAGUCGGGCUACCUGAUACUGCACCAGCGCUCGCACACCGGCGAGCGGCCGUACCCGUGCGCCCAGUGCGGAAAGAGCUACGUGAGCCUGUCGGUCCUGAAAAUACACCAACGAACUCACACGGGAGAGCGGCCCUACCACUGCCCCCAGUGCGGCAAGAGCUUCCGAUCGUCGUCGCACCUGACCACGCACCAGCGAACUCACAUGGAGCUGCGUCCGUACCCCUGUUCAGAGUGCGGGAAGAGCUUCAGGUCUCAGUCGGACCUGACGCGACAUCAGCGCAACCACACGGGGGAGCGUCCGUACCGCUGCGCCCAGUGCGGGAAGAGUUUUAAAUUGCCCAAAACCUUGGCUGUGCACCAGCGGACUCACACAGGGGAGCGCCCGUACCACUGCUCCCAGUGCGGCAAGAGUUACACCCAGCUGAGUUCUCUGAUACAGCACCGGCGGUACCACACAGGAGAGCGUCCGUUCAGCUGCUCCCAGUGCGGGAAGAGUUUCAUAUCCGCGUUUCUCCUGGCAGUGCACGAGCCAACUCACACGGGCGGGAGCCAGCAUCUCUGUUCCCAGUGCGGGAAGACGUUCAACCACUUGAGCAAUCUGAGGGGUCACAUGCGAACCCACACGGGCGAGCGGCCCUACCAGUGCACGCAGUGCGGGAAGAGCUUCAGCCGCUCGACCACCCUGAAGAAGCACGAGCGGACGCACACGGGGGAGCGCCCGUUCCACUGCUCGCUGUGCGAGAAGAGCUUCACUCGCUCCAGCGCGCUGAAGAGGCACCAGCUGAUCCACACCGGGGAGCGCCCGUACCAGUGCCUGCAGUGCGGGAAGAGCUUCAUCCAGUCGUGCCACCUGACGGAUCACCAGCGGACGCACACGGGCGAGCGGCCGUACCACUGCUCCCAGUGCGAGAAGAGCUUCGCGUCCACGUCGCACCUGACGAUACACCAGCGAACCCAUACGGGAGAGCGCCCGUUCCACUGCUCCCAGUGCGGGAAGAGCUUCUCUUGUUCGUCUCACCUGGCCAAACACCGGAAAACUCAUUCGGGAUAGCUCAGCUGUUCCUAGUGUUGUUCAGCACACAUCCCUGCUGGCGCAUCACAGGAUAUUUUAUUAUAUUUUACGCUGCAUAUAUGUUCUACAUAGCAUUAUUUUAAAAGAAGUUUGUCUUAUUUUAAACUCUUGCCUAUGUUGACCAUUUUAAAUCAACAAAAUUAAAAAUAUUUUGCAUGUUCUUGGUGGACAUUUUAGUUUAUUGCUGUUUUGUUUAAUACACUACAUUAUUGUAUUAGUAACGUGGGUUAUGUCAGCCCAGUCAUCAAUUGAUUCUGGCUUCUGGGGUUGACUUUCUUGCUUGCAGCAUGUAAAACUAUAAACAAGUAUUUGAAAAUCUUUUCAAAAGUUAGGAUAUAUUUAUAUACAUAUAGGACCUCCCACCUCUAUGGAAUUUCUACUUCAGAGACCUUUUGCAUCACUUUGUGAACUUUUAACCAGUAAGUAACUCAUUAAUGGACGAUUCCAAAAUAUGUGAUAGUGGUUGGCUGUAAAAGACCCACGCUGUCUCCAACAAAUGGAAGACUUUCUAUGAUACUUGCUCCUCACCUUGUGAGGUUGUUUGAACAAAACUCUCCAUUAUGGUAUGUUUUCCACUGCGGCUAACAUAAUAUUUCCCAUUCUUCUUUAUAUUCAAGGUACUUUCCCUUUCCCAUUUUUCUUUUACAUUUAUUGUAUUCAUUGAUUUAUUUUGUCGGAGGUCAUCGUAGGAGUAGAGUUUUGAAAUUAUUUUAUUACUUCAUAUUAUUUAUUAAGCAUCUAUGAACACUUUCAGUAGACCGUUAUCUGAAUACUUUUGCUUUUAGUCCUCAUUCAAGUGGUGGCAUAUUUGAAGGAAUCUGAAAAAAUAAAAAAUUCAUAAUAAAAGUAACAAUCUUUAUUAAUUAAACCAUGCUCCUCAACCAUGUUUUGAAAUCUUUUUACAUACAGUGGGAUGCACAAUAUAUGAAAUGUAUCUGAAAUUUUGUCCUGAUGUCUUGAGAUGGAAUCUAUCUGAAACGGCUUAGCCUAUGUCCUAUAAAAGAGCUGUUGUGUUUUCAUAGAGAAUGAAACUAACUGGGACAGUAUUCUUGGUGUUCAGAUAAACUAAUAUGUCACCUGCAAUCAGGAAAUCUUUUGGUUGCCUCCAAACGUCUGUUUAGUAUUUUUGUUUUGAAUGUUCUUCUGACUCAAUGGCGUGAAGUUGCAAAAACAAGGGGACUGAUUCGGCAACCCGUGAUCCUCAUUUGAAAACAAAGGGGUUUGAUACUGCACCAUUUACCUUAAUUAUUGCCCUUGGUCAGCCAUGAAGUGCCUGUACUGUUUUAAUGAAAGUUAUGUGUAAACCAAAUUCGUCCAAAAUGCUACAUAUAAGAACAGCCAGUUAACAUAAACACUUUUUCUGCAUCUAAACUUGGGGUGUGACUUCUAAUAAAAUUGCUAAGUGUUUUGGAAAUUUUCAAAACGACUAAAUGCAUUUUUAAGCACUAACAUUAUUAAAAUAAUUUAUAACCAUUUCCUUUUACCGAGUCCUGUUAUUGUGAUUGUUGCAGAUUUUUGUUCAGAAGUAUUACUGGUAAUCUGGUGUGGAUUUUGACAGUUCAAUGAGGUUGUGAUAUGGACCUGGGAACUAUGUUCCUUGAGCAGCUCUGAAGUGAUAAUUUAGGCGCCUGCUUGUGUGUGUGGUGAAAAUUGAACUGACAUUCCUCAAAAUGCUUUACAAAGAAGGAAAGAGGAAAAAGUUCCAUUUAGCCUCACUUUGAACAAACUUCAGAAACUUAAGUCAGAUGUAAACUUUGCAACAGUGAACUAACAUAUCUCCCUCCUAACCUUGUCGUUUAAACAUUUUUUGCACCGUGUAACCGUGAAGUAACUUCCUGAGGUUUGCCCAUCCCUAGUCUAAAAACCACCCAACACAGCUUCUCGGUUUUGCUCCAGUAUAUGUCUGAUUAUAUAUAGGGUCUGUCUAAUGUUAUCUUGUGUCUGUCUUCAGUGAAUAAAACUUGUCUGAUCUAGA